AUGGCCAGAUACGACUUUUACAUGAUGUCUGCCAUGUUUCUGGGAUCAUGGCACACAGGUUCUUGGCCUAGACAAUGUGAACAUCUGGGCGCAGCGGGAAAAAUCAAGAGGAAGCGUGCAGGGCCCUGCAAUAUCAGAGACAUCAACCAACCAAAGAUUAAGGGAAUGCGAGUGUCUACAAUUUUACGCUUCUGGCAGCCUGUUGCCAUCUAUGCUAUCAAGGAGUUUUCUAAGAAUCCUAUGCUCUGUUGUUGUGUGUUGGCAGAUGUCAUGGGCCGUGGAAAAACUUGGACUCUUACUGGUUAUUUAGUGGAUCAUGCCACAUAUGAACCGGAUAAGCCAACCCUAAUCAUCUGUCCACCACAUCUCGUGUGGCAGUGGGCUAGUGAGAUUAAGAAGUUCACAUCGAAGUUGAAGAUUCUUGUGUACUUCGGAGAUGCAAGGGAAGAGCCCCCAGUCCCGGUACAAGCAUUGAAAACGUUGAGCAGCAGAAUAUCCGACAGGCUGCAUCUUACCCAGGGUGAUAUAAUAUUAGACACAGCUUGGUGGAGCUAA